GAACCAACUGCUUUUAUUGUUUCCAUAUUUACAAAAUCAUCUAAUACUCCUUGAAGGGUUACUUGUCGGCACUAUGCCAUGGAAAAGUACUUUCAAGAAACAAUGGGAGAAAUUUCGUAGAAAUCAUAGCACGGCUACCUUGUCGCCUGCUCCUAUGAUACCAUCCACAGAUACUGGGGAAACCUCCUCUAGCGACCCACCAGAUAUACAUAGCUCCCUUCCGAACUAUCCUAACAAUAGCGCCCGAAUCUCUCCAACCAGUAUAGAACCAGUCACCACCUCUGUUCUGUCAGAGGCUACGAACAACUCUUCUAACCAUGCUGCUCAAACACAUAAUCCGCCUCCCGUCCUCAAUAUUAUCAAUUCAACUGCCGAGGCUGAUCCGUCACAGUCCGUAACAGAUCCUGCAGCGCAGCGGGAUCAAGAAUUCCAGAACCCAAAGCUUUCCAUAUCGCAGAGACUAUGGAAUGCUGCUUACGAUAACCUGGAGAAGAAUGACAAUACUGCAAAGCUUGUCAACAAUUAUGUCGAGAUACUUGUGGCUAAUAGAGGUUCUGGUGCCUCCGCUUCUGAACCUGACGAUAUUCUGGCAGAAGUAAAAGACCCGAAUAAGCGACAGAAAAACAUGGAGUAUUUGGUUCAAGAAGGCCAGACAAGAAUUGCUGUGACUUCGAAGACUAUAGAAAAUGUAGGCAGUGUCAUCGAAUAUACUGAGAAAGCUAAGGGAAUAAUCGAUGCAGCAAUUGGGAACAUACCGCAAGCCGCACUUCCAUGGGCUGCUAUUUGUCUUGGACUACAAAUUCUCUCAAAUCCCGGAAAGUCAACCAAAUUGAAUCGUGAGGGCAUUGCUCAUAUUACUUCCAGAAUGGAAUGGUAUUGUGCUCUCACCGAACAUCUACUGAAAGAAGACAAGAUUGAGAAGAGGGAUGAGUCUUUUGAAUCAGUACUUAAGAUUUUGGAAGGUGAAGUUAUCAAGCUAUACGAGGAGAUUCUCAAAUAUCAAAUGAAGAGUGUCUAUUACUACCGGCACCGAGGGCUCGUCGUUCUCCGUGGGAUAACUAACUUGGAUGACUGGGCAAGCGAUCUGGAGCGCAUCACAGAUGCCGAAGCUGCCGUUGAGAGAAUUUCGCAUCAGUAUCAUAGAGAGUAUGAAAGUAGCACUCUAUGCCAGCUCGUCAAUUCUAGCAAUAAGACAGAAACACAGCUCGCUAAAAUUCAUCAGGCCCUUCAAUGUCUGAUCACCCAGCAGAAGAAAAAUGAGGAUGAAGAAUGUCUCCAACACCUUUGCGUCAUAGAUCCACAAGACGAUAUAAAGGCCAUUGAAAAGAUGAAGGAUCAAUUUCUCCCUGAGGCUUUUAAUUGGAUCCUGAAUACUAAGGAAUACACAACAUUCGUUGAUUGGAGCAGUGAUGAGCCCUCCUUUUCUCCAUGUCGACUGCUAUGGAUCAAAGGUCCGGCCGGCACAGGGAAGACAAUGAACUUGAUUGGUCUUAUCCGCGAAUUAAUGGACCAACCUGCUGUAUUUGCCCCUAAGGUCUCACACUUUUUUUGUCAAGGCAAAGAGAAAGCCAAGAACAACGCAACGACAGUUUUGAGAUCCCUGCUGUGGAUGCUACUUAUCCAACAAAAGGAUCUCAUCUCGCAUUUGCAUACUAAGUAUAAAAACGCAGGCGAUUCUCUGUUUACAGGCUCGACUACAAAUACUGCUUUGUUGGGGAUAUUCCAAAAUAUAUUCCAAGAUCCUCUUUUACAGCGGACGUACUUAAUAAUCGAUGCUCUUGACGAAUGCGACAAGGACUUGAAUGAUCUUCUCCAACUCAUCUCAAUUUCUCUUUCCAAAUGCGAUAAGGUUAGGUGGCUAGUUACUAGCCGUCCUGAGGUGGAGCUUAACCAACUGAGUAAUACAAGUAGUAUACUCGAAUUGGAUGCUCAGAGUCUGAAGGAUCCAGUCAACAUAUACAUCAAACACAAGUGCUCGGCCCUGAAACAAAGAAAAGGAUAUACUACAGAUAUUUUGGCCAAGAUUGAGACUAGAAUUCGUCAGCAAGCUGAGAAUACAUUCCUUUGGGUAUGGCUCGUCUUUAAAGAGCUCGACCAAAAAGAUAAAUAUAACAGGCCAUUGGAUGGAGAAUACGCUCUCAGUACAGUGGAAGAGAUGCCCCGUGGCUUAUCAGAGCUAUAUAGCCAUAUAAUGGAAAAAAUCGAGGCAGGUUUGAGAGAAGAUCCGAAACAUUGCAAGAAUAUCCUAGUCGCUACACAUUUUGCAUAUCGUCCACUUUCUCUCGCCGAGCUUUCUGAACUCGUUGAUCGGUCACUUGAAAAGACACAGGGGGAUGUCGAAAAAUGCGGCUCAUUUCUAACAAGCGCUGAAGGAACAGUCUCUUUGAUUCAUCAAUCAGCUAAGGAUUAUUUAAAGAAAAGGUUUGAAACGAAGAUUGGGGACGGCGCGGAUCUCCAAGGACAUAUGGACAUAUACGAACGCUCAAUCAUAGUUAUGAGUAAAAUUCUGAAAAGAGACAUCUACGAACUUAGAAACUAUGGAAUCAUACCGAAAGAUUCUAGAUCACCUAGCAUCAAUCCGUUAAUGUCAAUACGAUACUUCUGUAUUCAUUGGAUCGAUCACCUCUGCGAUGCAAAUGACCAAAGCCUCGAUUUCAGGAAAAGGUUAGCGGAAGAUUCAAUAGCAUAUGAGUUCAUCACCAAUCAUUUUCUCCAUUGGUUAGAGAGCCUAUCCCUUCUGGGUGAAAUUUCAGAGAGUGUGCAAUCGAUAAGAAAGAUUCUGGAAAAGCUACAACAGGACUCUAGUCCUAAACUAUUCAAGUUCUUAAAGCAUGCCGAGAAGUUUGUCCUUAGUCACGGAUCAAUUAUUGAAAAGGCACCCUUGCAGAUAUAUGGUUCUGCGAUUGUAUUUAGUCCCUUAAUAAGUGAGGUUAAAAAUACUCAAUGGAAAGAAAGACUAUCAUUUAUCGAUGUAGUCGGAGGUAUCAAAGAAAAUUGGGACGCACAUCAACAAACGCUUGAAGGCCACAGCGGUGGGGUUACAGCAGUUGUUUUCUCACCUGAUAGCAAGACAAUAGCAUCAGCCUCUGAUGAUCAUACAGUGCGACUUUGGAAUGCCACAUCAGGUGCACAUCAGUAUACACUUGAAGGCCACAGCGGUGGGGUUAGAGCAGUUGUUUUCUCGCCUGAUGGCAAGAUAAUAGCAUCAGCCUCUGAUGAUAAAACAGUGCGACUUUGGAAUGCUACAACAGGUGCACAUCAAAAAACACUUGAGGGCCACAGCGGUGGGGUUACAGCAGUUGUUUUCUCGCCUGAUAGCAAGACAAUAGCAUCAGCCUCUGAUGAUAAAACAGUACGACUUUGGAAUGCCACAUCAGGUGCACAUCAGUAUACGCUUGAAGGCCACAGCGGUGGGGUUACAGCAGUUGUUUUCUCACCUGAUAGCAAGACAAUAGCAUCAGCCUCUGAUGAUCAUACAGUGCGACUUUGGAAUGCCACAUCAGGUGCACAUCAGUAUACACUUGAGGGCCACAGCGAAGGGGUUACAGCAGUUGUUUUCUCGCCUGAUGGCAAGACAAUAGCAUCAGCCUCUGAUGAUCAUACAGUGCGACUUUGGAAUGCCACAUCAGGUGCACAUCAAAAAAUACUUGAGGGCCACAGUAGCUGGGUUAGAGCAGUUGUUUUCUCGCCUGAUGGCAAGACAAUAGCAUCAGCCUCUGAUGAUCAUACAGUGCGACUUUGGAAUGCUACAACAGGUGCACAUCAAAAAACACUUGAAGGCCACAGCGACUGGGUUACAGCAGUUGUUUUCUCACCUGAUAGCAAGACAAUAGCAUCAGCCUCUGAUGAUCAUACAGUACGACUUUGGAAUGCCACAUCAGGUGCACAUCAGUAUACACUUGAGGGCCACAGUAGCUGGGUUACAGCAAUUGUUUUCUCGCCUGAUGGCAAGACAAUAGCAUCAGCCUCUAAUGAUCAUACAGUGCGACUUUGGAAUGCUACAACAGGUGCACAUCAAAAAACACUCGAGGGCCACAGCGACUGGAUUAGAGCAGUUGUUUUCUCGCCUGAUGGCAAGAUAAUAGCAUCAGCCUCUGAUGAUAAAACAGUGCGACUUUGGAAUGCCACAUCAGGUGCACAUCAAAAAACACUUGAGGGCCACAGUAGCUGGGUUACAGCAAUUGUUUUCUCGCCUGAUGGCAAGACAAUAGCAUCAGCCUCUGAUGAUAAAACAAUACGACUUUGGAAUGCCACAACUGGUGCACAUCAGUAUACACUUGAAGUUCAUUCAACAAUUCACUCUAUAUCUUUUGAUAAAACUGGCUCUUAUCUCGAUACAGAAAUUGGUAGAAUUCUCAUUAAAGACUUAUUGAUUUCAAAUUCCUCACCAAUUCAGAAUCUUUCUCAAAAACAUAAGUAUAAAGGCUUGGGCAUUAGCCCUGAUCAAGAGUGGAUCACCCGGGACUCAAAGAAUGUACUGUGGCUCCCGCCGGAUUAUCGACCAGUCUGCUCGGUAGUUUCACAAUAUACAUUGACAAUUGCCAUCGGCUGCUCAAGAGGCGAGGUACUGAUCUUUAGAUUCUCAGCCGACAAGGUUUAAUGUGUUAUAGGACAUACCGCAACAUCGACAUUGCGCAAUGAGCUUAGGUCGUUGCGCAAUAAACUAGGUUUUGGUAUGUCCUAGGACGUAGCGUCGUUUUGUGAAUAUGAGGCUAUUUCAUAAUGAACUAGCUCAUAUCGUAGCAGCCCUUAGUACCCACUACAUCGCCCAUUACACCACAAUUUCAUCAAUUUGAUAUAGAAUUUCAAAUUCAAUUUAUUCAAUUUCCUUCUAUAUUAACUAGUUUAUUGAGCAAUGAAUUAUAUUAUAUACAUAAACGGAGUGUCUUCGAAUUCGUUACAUUCUGAUUGUAAUACCAACAUUUUCCCA